AUGUUCUACUACUACACUGGCAAUCAACUAUGGUACCAUUGUAUGAUAUAUAUUAUUGGUGUCUUACUUCUACUAAUUACUCAACCAAUACAGGCGGAAUUUUACAAUGUUCAUAAACCUGAUCGAGCGCUUAUUGUAUUAUCAGCACCAUCCAUAUGGGACGACAAUUAUCAUGAUUUAUUUGAGACAAUUAUUGCAUUUCAGAUCGAAUUUGCAAAAACAAUACAUGAACACGAUAAUGUAGUAAUACUUGCUGAUAAGCAUACAUUACCAUAUUUGGAUGGAAGAAGUCCAUCCAUGAAAUCACGUUUACCGUUAGAUGCUUUAAUUCAGGCAUCCGUUUAUGAUAUCAAUAUUAGAGAUUUUGCACCAUUUGGUGUACGACAACUUGUCAAAUUUUCUUAUAGGCCUCCCAAUUUCGCAACGAUCGCCGCAAGACAAAUUGAUGAAAGUAUCAAACGAUUCAUUGAGGAUUAUAAAAUACGCGUUGAUAAAAAAGAAUUAGAAUUGAUACUUUCCGCACAACAUGUUGUCGAUAAUGGUAUCAACAGAGCUAUCAUUGAUAAGAGGGUAUUGGAUGAAAAUCAAGGGAAAGUACCGGAAUGGGCUAUUAUGAUCAAACUUUUUAACGCUUUCAGGAAGGUGACAAUUAUUAAUAAUCCGCUGAAUACCACACAAUUACGGCUAGAUGAUGUAAUGGCAUUUAUUGAUGAUCGGAUAUUGGUAAUACCAACAUUGGAUAAGGAUGCGAGAACUUAUUUGGAUGCUGAAUUGUUUAAAAAAUUCCGUGAUGAAGUGAUGCUAAUCGAUUUGCCAGCAUAUUUGGAUAAGGAUAAGAGAGGAAAUUGUGGCAUGUACACUGCUAUAUUGGCUACUGAUAAAUUUGUAUAUGUUCCUGUAUUUGGGAAUGAUCCAGGAAAUUGGAAAAUAGGACAUUCAACGAUGAUGGAUAAAUUUAUCAUACAUAUGAUUGAGGUAAAUACGCGAAAAACCGUAGUACCAGUUAAUGUACCACGAAGAAUUUGUGAACGUGGAAUUUCGUUACGUUCUCUAGCCUGGACAUUACGAGGUAACGUUGCUGAUCACGUGAUUCAGGUUGCACGUGGAACUCCAGCGAAAAUGUUCGCAUGA